AUGGAGCUCCUCAAAUAUUCCAACAAUGUGACUGAAUUUGUUCUCUUGGGACUCACACAGAACCCACACUUGCAGAAAAUACUUUUUGUUGUCUUUUUGUUCAUUUACUUAUUUACCAUGCUGGCCAAUCUGCUCAUUGUCAUUACCAUCUCCCUCAGCCCCACACUUUCUGCUCCCAUGUACUUCUUUCUCACUCAGUUGUCCUUAAUAGAUGCCUCCUUGAGCUCUAUCACCACCUCCAAAUUGAACAUUGACCUGCUGUACAACAAGAGGACCAUCUCCUGGGGUGACUGUCUGGCUCAGCUCUUUUUGGAGCACUUCCUGGGAGGAUCUGAGAUCAUCCUCCUCACUGUCAUGGCCUAUGACUGCUAUGUGGCCAUCUGCAAGCCUCUGCACUACACAACCAUCAUGCGACAGGGGCUCUGCCAGCUCCUGGUGGUGGCGGCCUGGAUUGGGGGAAUCCUACAUGGCACUAUACAGAUUCUUUUCAUGAUGGACUUGACCUUCUGUGGUCCCAAUGUCAUUGACCACUUCAUGUGUGAUUUCUUCUCAUUGUUGCAACUUGUCUGCAGCGACACCUACAGGCUUGCAAUGGUGGUGGCAGCUAACAGUGGGGGCAUGUGCUUGCUCAUUUUUUUCAUGCUUCUCAUCUCCUACAUAGUCAUCCUGAGCUCCCUGAAAUCCCAUGGUUCUGAAGGACAAUGCAAAGCCCUCCCUACAUGUGGCUCCCACUUUAUAGUAGUGGUACUGUUUUUUGGUCCCUGUAUAUUCAGCUACACACGUCCUGUGAUCAUUUACCCCAUGGAUAGUUUAGUGGCUGUGGUCUUUACAGUCCUCACUCCCAUGUUAAAUCCUAUCAUUUACACAGUGAGAAACACAGAGGUGAAAAAAGCCAUGAGGAGUUUACUGAAGAAGAGACUAACUUAG